CCAAGAGAAGAAGAAGAAGAAACCGGAUGUUCAGUGGCACUUCCGGUUGCAACGGUGUAAAGAUGUCGCCUUCCUUAUUUAAUUUUGUGGACGCUAAAGACAAAUUUACGGCGUCUGCCAGAAAUGCACUAAUUGGUAAAACUAGCAAACCUUUGGUAAAUGCUUUCAACCAGUUUCCUGGACAUGAGGCAGAAAAGAAGACCACAUUUGACCAGGCGCUGAGGGGGGUUCUUGGUGAUCAGAUUGUUGAGCAGAAGGCCAACUGUGAUGAAUACCUGUCUCUGAUCUACCUGAGUAUUGAUGCAGUUACAGAAGGCAUCUGUUCUGCUACAACUCCUUUCCUUCUGCUGGGAGACGUGCUGGACUGUCUUCCUCUCGACCAAUGUGACAGAAUCUUUUCUUUUGUUGAGAAGAAUGUUUCCACCUGGAAAUCGAACUCCUUCUACACUGCUGGGAAGAACUACUUGCUGCGGAUGUGUAACGAUCUUUUAAGAAGGCUGUCCAAAUCCCAGAAUACCGUCUUCUGUGGGCGAAUCCAGCUUUUCCUGGCACGUCUCUUCCCUCUGUCGGAGAAAUCAGGUCUCAAUCUGCAGAGCCAGUUUAAUCUGGAAAAUAUAACAGUGUUCAACAAAAACGAACAAGAAAGCACUCUCGGCCUGAAGCACACAGAAGAAAAGGAAGAUGGCAUGGAGGUGGAGGAAGGAGAAAUGGGAGAGGAUGAUGCUCCUGCACCAUGCUCCAUUCCUAUUGACUACAACUUGUACAGAAAGUUCUGGACUCUGCAGGACUACUUCAGAAACCCUGUGCAGUGUUACGAUAAAUUCUCCUGGAUGACAUUCCUUAAGUUCUCCGAAGAGACAUUGGCCGUGUUCAAGAGCUUUAAGUUGGAUGACAUGCAGGCCUCUAAGAGAAAGCUGGAAGAGCUGAGGGCAUCUGGAGAAGACGUCUACUUCGCCAAGUUUCUAACCAAUGAGAAGCUGAUGGACUUGCAGCUCAGCGACAGUAACUUCCGGCGGCACAUCUUGCUGCAGUACCUCAUCCUCUUCCAGUACCUGAAGGGUCAGGUCAAGUUCAAGAGCUCCAGCUGUGUUCUGCACGAUGACCAGAGCGCGUGGAUCGAGGAGACGACUAAGCUGGUUUAUCAGCUGCUGAAAGAGAUCCCUCCUGAUGGAGACAAGUUUGCCACCAUGGUGGAGCAUAUCCUCAACACAGAGGAGAACUGGAACGGCUGGAAAAAUGAGGGCUGCCCGAGCUUUGUGAAAGAAAGGACAGUCGAUGACAAACCCAAAAGACCCACGAGGAAAAGACAAGCCCCAGAAGACUUCCUCGGGAAAGGGCCGGACGCCAAGAUAUUUAUGGGAAAUGAUGAGUUGACUCGGCUGUGGAACCUGCACCACGACAACAUGGAUGCCUGCAAGUCAGACAGCAGGGAGUUCAUGCCAUCAUUGGACGAAUUCUUUACGGAGGCUAUCGAACAGGCCGACCCUACUAACAUGGUGGAGGAUGAGUACAAGGUCGUGAGGAACCCAAACUACGGCUGGCGCGCUCUGAGGCUGCUGUCCAGGAGAAGUCCUCACUUCUUUCAACCGACCAAUCAGAAGUUCAAGAGCCUGGCAGACUACCUCGACAGCAUGGUCAGCAAGCUGGCCAAAGAACUGCCGAAGGAUAUUCCCUCUGAAGAGAUCAAGACAGGAGAAGAGGAUGAUGAUGAUAACGGAGACAACCUCCUCAAAGACAGCAAUGACAGUCCGAGCAUACAGAGCAAGAUGGUGACCAACCAGCAGAUGGAUGACUUAGCAGCCAAACUGGGCGCAGAGUGGAAGGCUCUGGCGUCUCAUCUGGAGAUGAAGGCGGCGGAGAUGCGAGAGAUCGAGACCGAUAGUGAAGAUGUUGACAUGCAGGCCAAGCUGCUGCUGGUGGCCUGGCAGGACCGAGAGGGAGCCCAAGCUACAGUGGAGAGCCUGGUGGCAGCUCUGAACUCUGCAGGGUUCUCCCAGAUCGCUGACUGCCUCAAUGAGGCUUAAGCUUCUACGCUAAUUAAAUAAUCAGUACCUCCAUGAGAUCACCGCAUCUUUUUUACAACAAAAACAGUGGGAGACUUACAUUUUUGUAUGUAGUAUAGUUUAAAGCGUACUGUUUUUUUAACUGUGAAUCCAAUAAAUUUUCUUUUUUUAAUAAAUCAU